ACUACUAUCAUCGUUUUUAGCCCAUAUAUAGUGUUUAUGUCUUCGCCGCUUCCCGAAACUUCGCAAUCAUCCCUGUUCUAGCAUUGAAACGUAUGCUAUUGUAUUUGCCUUAAGUUAUCACACCGACUGGUGCGUGCCACAAGAGGGCUGUGUGAAUACUACGCUGCUGCUCACACAGCCCGGAUUGGAGAAAAUGCAAAAGAAACACUGCUUGCUUAUCCCCUCGUCUCAUUUCUCGCCGGUCUCAUCUUUCUCACCCGCUCGCGAACCGUGCAUGGUCAUAGACCGCAAACAGUACUCCACAUGCUUUCACCGUUUAACAACUAAGCGCAGAACCUAAUCGCGUGUUCCGAAGUUGAGCACUUCCCUCAUAUAAGAUGCAUCUAUUAAACGUCUACACGGGGAGACUGGAAGAGUUCUUUGGAGACGGAAUACCACCUUAUGCUAUACUAUCUCAUACCUGGGGCGAAGGAGAAGUCUCAUUUCAAGACCUAAAGGACCCAAGUCACACGCAGAAACCAGGCUACGCAAAGAUCGAAGGAUGCUGCCAGCAAGCAAUUCGCGACGGGCUCGACUUCGUGUGGAUCGAUACAUGUUGUAUUGACAAGAGGAGUAGCGCUGAGUUGUCUGAAGCCAUCAAUUCGAUGUUCAGAUGGUACGGUGAGGCCAAGAUCUGUUACGUCUAUCUUGCAGAUGUUACGAAAGAAAAUCUAGAUGCUUCAUACUCUGCUCUCGGCAAUAGCAAAUGGUUUACGCGUGGAUGGACUUUACAAGAGCUUAUUGCGCCAGUCAUCCUGGAAUUCUUUGACACGACGUGGACGACAAUCUUCAAGGUAUACAAGGGCGGCUUCGCCAAUCGCAGUGCGAAACUUAUGGUCGGGUGUAUCACUGGAAUAGAGCAGUGGACUGAGUACUCGAUCCGUACUCUGGACACCACGUUAAGGGACGUGCCUGUGGCUACGAAAUUCUCAUGGGCAUCGGGGCGAUCUACGUCUAGAGUAGAGGACAUGGCCUACUGUUUACUCGGCUUGUUAGACGUCUCCAUGCCUCUCUUAUACGGUGAAGGAAAUAGAGCAUUCUUAAGGUUACAAGAAGAGUUUCUUAAGAAGUACUUCGACCCAAGCAUCUUGCUCCGUGGCUUUGGACUGCAUCACCUUGAUAUUAAAGAUAUUGAAAGCCGGUUUGAUCGCAGUUACCUCGCACCGACACCAUCGCUAUUCCGUGGGUUCAGGAACGUUGGCAUUAAAAGGGUAGGCUUUCCUGUGGGAGGAAUAUCACAACCUACGUGGAUUAUGACACCAUACGGUCUCCGCGUGGAUCUACCAGUCUUGCGCGUUGACGCCCGAAACGAUGGCUAUGUAUUUGUAACAAAUUACACAAUUGAGAGAGGGACGAGUCGCGGUAGACGACUUUCGGUCCUAUUGCGAAGAUCCCAGGGAUCGGACAUUUAUAGGCAUGCCACUCGCAUCGCACCGAUGUUACUCGGGGUGUCGACUAGAUGGUUCAAGCGAAAUGUACCAAUAUGGAAGACUGUCUAUCUUGAUAUUGGUAGCACAUGGUACGCCGAUCUCAGAGACACCGAGCCCUGGCAAUUGGGGUACGGGAUACUGAUUAUCGACAUGAAGGCACUAAUUGAGCAUGGAUUUGUCAUCGAUAGUAUGUAUCCUCCAGCCGUCGCUGUUGCACCGGAAUGGGGCUAUCCUCGUCAUGACAGCUACCUCGCCAUAGUUCUUCACAUAGAACGACGGGUUUAUCUUUACAUUCUGCUAAGCCGCCCAAUUACUGUGCCGACGGGCCAUUUUUGGAAGAAAGGCUAUAAAGCGUUGGUAUGCCUCUCGUCAUACGAUAAAGGACUUUCUGCGAUUGAAAUCUGGGAUUCGUGUAAGAAAGCCUGGGAUAGAAGCUUUUGCGGUCCUCCACGACUGAACUGGCGGGAAACAACGGCAGUUCAUCUUAAAGGCAGAAUGAGGUACCGAGUGGAAGCCAUACGCACCCGUCGCCGAUUUAUAUUUUGCUGCGAUAUUCAGCCUCGUGCGGUGGAGAGCUCUGUCGACAAAAAGCAGGCUAUCAGACGACAAAAUGGUUGACUCCCUUGAUCCCCAAACCCAGAAGCUCGUACUACGUCCCUAACAUAUAUCGAAAUUCGGCAAAUAUUAAACACUGCCUAAUCAUAACAAAUUGGAAUUGACUAGUAUGCCUAGUAAAUAUAUAUGCAUAUACACGGGAUUAACCAAGGGCAUUGAAGGGGACCAUCGUCUACUCAUUCCGCAAAGCCAAGAAAGUAGAACUGCCUACAUGAGUAGUCGAGCCUUACACAUCCCAAAUCAAAUCAUAUACCUCCGAACAUAAUGGA